GAAAUGGUAAAUUAUUAUACUUAUUUUUAGAUUGAAAAUUUAAUUGUGCUACGAAAUUUCAGCAUGAUUUAUCGCGAAAUUCGUCUUUCAUUUAUACUGGGUAUUUCCUUUGGUGUGUUGUUGACUGUUUUGUUUAAAGAACUGGUGUCUAUUUCCCAACACGUAGUUUUGUACAAUCAACAUGAUGAGGAUUCAACUUCUCUUCCUCUAAUUCCAAAUGAUAAACCACAUGAGCCGAUAAUAUUCAAUGAUAUGGAUUCUUUACACCAUAAAAAUGGCGACGUUGUUGCUAGAGAAUUAUCAAAAAGUGUUCGUGUUUUGUGUUGGGUCAUGACACAACCAAAAACACUAUAUACUAAGGCACGAGCAGUGAAAGAUACCUGGGGUAGAAGAUGCAAUAUUCUUGUGUUUUUUAGCUCAGAAGCAGACAAGAAGUUUCCAGCAGUUGGACUAAAUGUCCCAGAAGGACGUAAGAAUUUGUGGCUCAAGACAAAAGCGGCAUGGAAAUAUGUGUAUGAUAAAUACUACAAUGAUGCAGAUUGGUUUCUUAAAGCAGACGAUGACUCAUUUAUCAUCCUGGAGAACUUAAGAUUCUUUUUAUCCUCAUAUAACUCAAGUAAGCCUUACUAUUUUGGUCGUCACUUCACACCUUUUGGUGGUUAUAAUAGUGGAGGUGCUGGCUAUGUUUACAGCAAAGAAACAUUGCGGAGAUUUGUGCGUAUAAUGAAAGACCCGUCUAAGUGCGUGUUAGUGUCGCAGGCUGAAGACAUGGAAGUCGGGAAGUGUCUAGCCGCGGUUGGAGUCCACCCGGAUGAUACUAGAGAUGAGUUAGGUCGAGAAACAUUUCAUCCGUUUCCACCGGAGCAUCACUUGAUCCCUGGAGUAAUACCAAAAGACAACUGGAUACAUCGUUGGAGUAAGUGGGAGGUAAUAACAGGACCAGAUUGCUGUUCGGAUCAUUCUAUUGCUUUUCAUUACAUAACACCGAAUAGAAUGUAUGCUGUGGAAUAUUUCGUGUACCACUUACACGCCUACGGGAUCCAUCAUGUUCAUGAUUAUUAUGCCUACUGUUGCUCGGUGAAACAUUUUCGAUCAUUAAAAAAAAAUCCAAGAAAAAGUGUUUCUGGUUGUUUCUUGAUUUUCCACAAUAACAAAGCAGCUGUUGAAGUCAUUGUUUUUCUUAUUUAUUUUAAAACUUUUGUGGAUUUUACAUUCUUGUGUUAUUGGCAAAAGUCACGUGAUACUUUUAAACCAAUUACAGAGUUUGACCAUGAAACGUCCGUGUUUUCCCUCAACCCAAACGUUGUACCACGUGACACUCAGAGCGGGAGAAUGAAAUUACUGCGAGGAAAUAAUUUCAAUUUCUUUAGAGAGUUGUUGAAGUUAAUUAUAUUUAAAACUCGAAACAUGACCCAACAGCGUCGAGAGUUCUAUUUAUCGUUUUUGCUUGGUUGUUCAGUCGGUAUUUUGUUUACGAUAAUAUACACUGAAUUUAUUGUAGCUUAUAGAUCUUGUUACGGUGUAACCAAUGCACCAAAUAAUCCAUUGAUAACAGAACAUAAUAUUGAAUUUAAGUCUGAAGAUCUUUCUGAUCAUCAUGAAAACUUACCGCAAAUUUCCAACAAAGCCCCGCAUAAACCGAUCAUUUUUAAUGAUUUGGAUAGCUUGCAUCGUAAGGGCGGUGAUAAAAUAGCGAAACAGUUAGCCAAUGAAAUUCGAGUUUUAUGUUGGGUUAUGACGCAACCUAAAAGUUUGAGGACAAAAGGUCAAGCUGUGAAAGACACGUGGGGUAAAAGAUGUAACGUACUCGUGUUCAUCAGUUCAGUGGAAGAUAAAGAUUUCCCAGCAGUUGGAUUGGAUGUACCAGAAGGUCGUGAGAAUUUAUGGUUAAAAACACGAGCUGCGUGGAGUUACAUCUACAAACAUCACAUGAACGACGCAGAUUGGUUUAUCAAAGCGGACGACGAUUCGUUCAUCAUUCUGGAAAAUUUAAGAUACUUCGUCUCCAAAUAUAAUUCUUCCCAACCGCACUACUUUGGCCGCCAUUUUGUACCUUUCGGAGGUUACAAUAGUGGCGGAGCAGGUUAUGUGUUUAGUAAAGCGACUUUGAAAAGCUUUAAUCGUAUUAUAAAGGAUCCAAGCAAGUGUAAGUUAAAAUCAUUUGCUGAAGAUGCAGAAGUUGGUGUGUGUUUAGCAGCUGUAGGAAUACAUCCGGGCGACACCAGGGAUGCACUCGGACGUGAAACAUUUCAUCCAUUUGCACCGGACUAUCAUAUUUUACCGGGUGCUAUACCAAAAGAUAAUUGGUUACAUAAAUAUAAUAAAUGGCCUUUACAAUCAGGACCGGAGUGCUGUUCGGACCACACGAUUGCAUUUCAUUACAUUACGCCAAACAAAAUGUAUGUUAUGGAAUAUUUUGUGUACCAUUUACACCCGUAUGGCAUACAUCACCGCCACCCUAAAAGUUGAAAUUUUUGUGAGUCUGUUACAUGAGAUCAAGUAUUUAUGGCGAUUUUUAGACGGAGCUUAAGAUUUGUAUAGUUUGCGGUUCCAGCAGACUACUUUAGGAGAAGGAAAUGUUUGCAAUGGAAAGUAGCCAUUUUUUACUGCGACCACAUUCUGCCCUCUCGUUUCCAUUUUUCAAAUUUUCUGCGAUGUAAAAAAUAUUACUUAAAUCAAAGGAAAGCUGCCGCCGUGUAGAAUAGGUUGUAGUGUUCUUAACAUUCCCUAAACACAAAAUACGCAAGGUUUAAAGAAAGAUGGUAGAUGGCGCAACGCGUCAAAAGCUGUUUUUAUUUGUUGUUGUUUUCAAAAAAAAUCUUGCUGUUAUUCUUGCUAUGUGUUUUUAUAUUUUUGUUUUUGGUUUUUAGUUUAUAUUAAAUUUUUAAAUUUGUUUUUUAUUUUAGGAAAUAAUUUUUUUGUGGGGGAGCAAAUUUUACUUGUGCGCCUCUUUCAGAUUAAGUAAAGAAGAUGCCUUAUUAUUUCAAAAUUAGAGGCAAAUGUUAACUUUUAUCGGCAUUGUUGGACCAUUCCAAAAAGAGAAUUCGUAAGUUCGCAAAAAAAGGUGUUGAAGUGAUAGAAUUGCUACUAAAACCUUACUUCUCUGUUGCUCGCUUCAAUACAUCGUUCGAAGUCGCUACAUAUGUCGGAAAAGCAGUUAGAUUCCCGCUACAGGCAGUAAAAUAUUUGACUGUUAGGUUUCAACCUCGGGUUUACGACUUGUAGCGCGAGUCUUGUGGAGUAUUGGAUAAAAAAAGUCACGGUAACCGAACGCCGUUAAUUGUUUUAAUAGGUGUUGUUUUUUGUUUGAUGAUUUUGUUGUUCGUUCUUUUAAAUUUUUAUGAUGAUUACUCUGAUCUAAGAAAUUUUUUUAUGUAGAUAAUCAAGUUUUUAAAACAAAUUUAUAGAAAGAUGUUUUUAAGAUUACAAAGAUAUAAUAUAACUAGCUAUAAUGUAUAUAUCAAAAAUAAUAAUAAUAAUAAUAAUUACUAUACGAA